CACAGAUCCUCAGAAUGGUGAGCCGGAUGAACUAGUCAGUUCAGGUCUUUCCACCACUGACAAAAAUGUAAAAACGUCAACUAGCUGUUUGAGAAAUGCUACGCUGCUUCCUAGCUACUGUCAAUUUGCUCUUGGGUGCGUUGAGGCGAUGCAACCACCUGAGCUAAGAUAAGUUGCAGGAGGACAGGAACUGUUGGAGCGCGGAAAGAAUGGAGCUCGUGUUUCUUUUGGGUGCGAUUGUGCUUUUGCUGGCUUUGUACACGUUGAAGACGAGUCGCGGCAACUCGACGGCGCCUUUGCCUCCCGGUCCCGCACCCCUUCCUCUUGUUGGAAACCUGCACCAGCUGGACAAGAAAGCUCCUUUUAAAUCAUUUCUCGAGCUGAGUGAGCGCUACGGGCCUGUGCUGACCGUGCAUCUGGGCUGGCGGAGAGCCGCCGUCAUCAUCGGCUUGGACGCGGUGAAGGAAGCUCUGGUGGACCAAGGGGAUGACUUCGCCGGCAGAGGACCUGUGCCGUUCCUGCUCCGAGCCACCAGAGGCUAUGGGUUGGCCAUCAGCAAUGGGGAACGUUGGCGUCAGCUGCGUCGCUUCACCCUGAUGACCCUACGGGAUUUCGGGAUGGGCCGCAAGGGGAUGGAGGAGUGGAUCCAAGAGGAGAGCCAACACCUGGUGGCCCGCUUCAGCACCACCAAAGCCACGCCCUUUGACCCAAGCUACUUCCUGAGCUGCAGUGUGUCCAACGUAAUCUGCUGCCUGGUGUUUGGUCAGCGCUUUGCCUACGAUGACGCACACUUCCUGAAUCUUCUUCGGAUCAUCUCGGAGACCAUCAGGUUCGGCAGCAGCCCCCGGGGCCAGCUAUACAACAUAAUCCCUCGGGUGAUGGAGUGGCUGCCUGGUCACCACCACAAAAUGUUUGCCGGGAUAGAGGAGUUGAGGGCUUUCAUCAUCAAGAAGAUCGAUGAGCACCGAAACACACUGAGCCCCGGGUGUCCCAGAGAUUACAUUGACUGCUUUCUGACCAGACUUGAUCAGGAGAAAGACAUCCCUACCACUGAGUUCCACUACAACAACCUGGUGUCCACCGUUCUGAACCUGUACCUGGCUGGAACGGAAACUACCAGCUCCACCAUCCGAUUCGCUUUGAGCGUGCUUAUCAAAUACCCUAAAGUUCAAGAGAGCAUACAGCAGGAGAUUGAGGCUGUGAUUGGACGGCGUUGUCCCACCAUGGAUGACAGGAAGUCACUCCCCUUCACUGACGCCGUCCUCCACGAAGUCCAGCGUUUGAUGGACAUCGUGCCCAUGAAUGUCCCUCACUAUGCCCUCCAAGACAUCACCUUCAGGGGAUACCUCAUUCCAAAGGACACUAUCAUCAUCCCCCUGUUGCACUCGGUGCUCAAGGAGGAGAAGCAGUGGGCCACUCCGUGGACCUUCAACCCUCAGCACUUCCUGGACCACAAUGGAAACUUCAAGAAGAAUCCGGCGUUCCUUCCGUUUUCUGCAGGGAAGAGAGCUUGUGUUGGUGAGUCCUUGGCUCGCAUGGAGAUAUUCCUCUUCGUGGUGUCACUUCUGCAGAACUUUACCUUUUCACAUGCUGGAGGACCAGACAGUGUGGACCUGAGUCCCGAGUACAGCAGCUUCGCCAACGUGCCGCGCAGAUACAACAUCAUCGCUGCGCCUCGUUCUUAAUUUGUUUUGGUUAAUUUUUCAUUGAGCCCUGUCUUCUGUCUGGGAACUCUAUUAUUGUUAUCUGGUCCAGCCCAAAAUAGAGUUGACAUAUUCAGGGAUACAUUUUUAAAUUUGAAAAUACAUUUGUGAUCUCUUCGAAGAUCAUUUUGCUUAAAGACACAGUAGAAUGAGCCAAAGCAGUUGUGUAAAUUUGACAAAGAAGAAUGCUAAGUCUGCCAAAUAUGAAUGAAUAAUAAAUACAUUGCCAAAUAUAUAAAACGAGGGGGUGGAACAGCAGACAAGUGGUUUGCACAUCAGUCUCACAGUUCUGAAGACCGGGGUUCCAAUCCUUUCAUGUUCUCCCUUUGGGUGUGUGAGUUUUGUCAGGUGGGUCCAGUUUCGUCCCAUAUCCCAAAAACAUGCUUGGUAGGUUGACUGAAGACUAAAUUGGCCGUAGGUGUGAUUGUGAGUGCCAAUCUUUGUACGGUGUGUGGCCUGUGACUGGCUGACAACCAGUUCAGGCUGUACUCUGCUUCUCACGCGAAGAUAGCUGGGAUAGGCUCCAGCACGGCCUAGUGAGAAUAAGCAGUUUGGAAAAUGAAUUAAUUAAUAAAAUGAGGGCGGCACGGUGGAUCAGUUGGAAAGCCUUGACCUCACAGUUCUGAGGACCCAGGUUCAAUCCCAACCCUCGCUGUGUGG